GUUUUCAUCUACAUUUGUGAAAUUCAUUAUAAAUUACAUUUGUAUGGUAUACCCAAUACAUUUUUGACAACAGCAAUGAUGAUGUUAUGCUAUCGUGAUCGGUCAAUUCCAAAAAGUUUAAACUUUGUGCAAUUAUUCUAUAAUUCAUUAAAAAAGUUUGCUAAUAUGUACAAUGUUUACAUACAAUUGAUUUUAUCAGAGAUCAAUAUAGAACAAUUGAAAGAAAUGAUGAAAUUAUCUGUAAAAUGUAAACGUCUUAAAUCGAUAUGCAAUAAAUCAAUUAAUCAUCGUUAUAUUUUUAAUAUAUUACGAAAAUAUAUGGAUUAUUUUAAAGAUGCUUUCUAUUCUAAUCAUAAUUUCAAUAUAUUUUUAAAAUAUUUGAAGCAUUUUAUUAGCAUGCAAUAUGGUUGCGGUAUUCGACUAUCCUCUAUUUAUCACUCAUUUAAAGUGCCUGAUGAUAGAUCUUCAAUAUGGCGAACUUAUUUUUAUUCACUUGUAUACACUUUAUUAAGUGGUUUAGUUGUCUUUUACUUGAAAAAAUAUUUUCGAUGGUGUGAAUUUAAUACUGUUGUGCCGACAGUAGCUUAUUUCACACAUAAAAGUUGGAAAAAGCUAAGUACUGAUUUUAUCACUGAUUUAAUUAAAAAUAAUAUAAUUCAAAAUAAAAUUAAUAAUAAUUCAAUGUCAUUAAUUUAUUCCAAUGAAACGAUUAAUAAAACUUAUAUAUUAACACAUAGUAUUGGACGUUUAUCUAUGAAACCAUUUGGAAAAGAUUUUCGUUUAGUUAUUAAUGCUAAUUAUCAUUUAUUAUCAUUAAAAAAUUUAAUUAAUCAAACAGAAUUAAAUUCAAAUAUUCAAUAUUCAAUUCAACCUUGUUUAAGUCUUAAUCAACGUUUAAAAUUAAAUAAUGGUUUAUUUGAAUUUCUUAGAAAAUUAAAAAUUGAAUUACCAGGUAUUUAUGCACCAUCUUUAUUAUCGACAAAAUCUGCAUUUAAAACUUUAUUAUCAUUUCGUUCACUUGUUUAUUCAAUAGGAUUUCGUCGAUUUUGGAUUGCAAAAUUAGAUAUUUUGGAUUUUUUCAAUCAAAUUAUUCAUUCUAAAUUACUAGAAGUUUUCUCUGAUACUUUAAAUGAAGUCAGCAAUUAUAUGUAUCCAACACCAAAUAUACAUUUCCUUCUUCGUGAAUUGGAAUGGUUCUUAAAAGAAUCCAUCAUUUCUAUUGAUGGAAAGUUAUAUUCGUUCAUCAAAGGUAUUCCCCAAGGAUCGUGUGUUAGUUCAGAUUUGGCUAAUAUCUAUUUAGCUCAUUUGGAUCGUGAAUUACAUAGAACACAAACUAUUCUUUGGUCUCCUCAUAAAUUCCUACAAAAUGAUGUAUUUAAAACAACAGAUAUUCAAUUAAAUAAAUGUUCAACUAUUCUACGUUAUUUAGACGAUUAUCUGUGUAUAUCAACAUCUAAAAUUGAAUUACAAAAUUUAAUAAAGAGAAUAAACACUUCACUUAACUCUUAUGGAUUAUUAUUGAAUGAAGAAAAAUUGCAAACUAAUUUAUAUGACCCAAAUUUCCCUAUAAAGUGGCUUGGGAUUGAAAUACAUUCUAGUUUAGCAAUAACUUUACCCAAAAAUAAUAGUCCACCAAAAUUUUGUCGAUUUUCUGGUCAAUCGUUAUCAGCCAAUGAUUGCAUGAGACGAUUAUGUAAAUUUCGUCUUCAUUGUCCAACUUGGCGUUUCACUUUCCACAAGAUAAUCUUUAAUACUAACAUUAGGCAAAAUGUAUUUAUUUGUAAAAAUACAAAUAUCAGAAAAACAGAUUAUUUGUUACAAAUCAACGCUAAUCGAUUAGGCAACAAAAUAGCUGAUAUUGUAUGGAUAUCUUUGAAAACUUCACCGGAAAAAGAUCGAUUACUUCAACCUUCUAUAUCUCGAAGACUAGCAAAAGUAAUAUUUAGGUGUAUAUCUGUAAAUAUUGGCUUUAAUCGUUACUGGUUAUAUCAUUUAACUGUGAAUAGUUUUAUUAAACGUUUACUUCCACAUAAAGGUGAAUUAAAAUGGUUAAUUAAUUGGAUGCAACAAUUUAAUCAUUUAAACAACAAAAAUGUGUUUUUUAAAAUUUUAUAAUAAAAAGAAAAUAAUCACUAUGUAAUUAAUUAUUGUAAACAAAAUAAAUUUUCUCAUUUUAUUUUAUGGAUAAGAAUGAUUGUUUUAUUUUUUAUUCUUGAGAAGAUUUAAUCAAACAGACAGUUUUUGUCAAUUAUAACACAACAUUAUGAGAUUGUAUAGUGUAUAUACUUUUUCUUGUAUAUGCAUUAUAUUUCUC